AUGGGUGGCGACAACUUGGACGGCCCCCCGCCAGAGCGCAGUGCGCGGGUGCGGCCACAGCGCCGUAGCACGAUUCCGGUGGUGCGUCGCCGCCCGUCGGUCGAUCCACGCUUUAGCGAUCUGUACGGUACCGUCGACCAGAAGCAGUUUGAGGAGCACUACAAGUUCCUGCGCGAGCAGCAGGACGAUGAGGAGACACGCCGCAGACACCGCAUGCGCUGCCUGAAGUGCAUCAUCAAGCGCGGCGAGCUCGAGGCGAGUGGCGCUGAUCUGGAGGAGUACGACCUGUCGGAGACAGAGCGUGAGGUGUUUGGCGACGACCAGCAGGACGAGCUCGCGGCGCUGAAGCUGAUACCCUUGGAGGUUGUGCAGGCGGAACUGCAGCAGCUGCAGCGCGAGUCGCAGCUGUACGUGACGCGCACAAAGGGUCGUCAGGUGCAGGCGCGUCGCGACUCACUGCGGAGGGAAAUCAUCAAGCGCGAGGCGGUGGCGGUGCGGCAGGGCAAGAAACAGCGGCCCUUCAUUCCGAAGCGCGCCCAGCUCAAGCGCGAAGUCCUCGCCGACACGUUUGAGCGUCUCGAGCGGAAGGGUGGCAAGGGGGCGGUGGACAGGUACGUGGAGCGCAAGAGCAAACGGCGUUCCUGA